AUGAGCCCAAGUCUUCGAACUCGCAUCAAGGAAGAAGAUGAAAGUAGUAGCGCCGAUCUCGCGAGGGAAUUCGAAGGUCUGAAGGUCGAGCACGAUGGUCGAAUAUCUUUUCACGGCCCGACUAGUUUGUUUCAGCUUCCCAGCGGUGCUCUCAACGAGGCAGCCUCGACAUCUCGUCUUGCCGUGCAGCACGAAGCUCGAAAGGAAAGGCUGAUCAACAAUGCGUGGCGGGAAAGGGCGUUCGAACAGAUGGCUACUAUGCCAGAACCGUUCCAAUAUCUCCUCGACUCACACUGGUGUUGGAUCCAGCCGCUCUUCAACUUCGUCUAUCGACCAGCAUUUACUCGCGAUAUGAAGAUAAACGGUCCAUACUAUUCAGAUGCUCUUCUCAAUGCGAUCCUCUCCCAUUCGGUCCGGUGGUGCAAGUCCGAACCAAGAAUCGGCCAUAUCCUCGAUUCGUUUGAUGGCGGUGCACAGUUCUCCCAUCGCGCCGUCUCUGGUCUGUAUGAUUCGCUCAAAGUUGGUCAUCUCGGUAUCCCGACUAUUCAAACACUGCUCCUGCUCAGUGCGCAAGAGUGCGGUAGAGGAAAUCGGUCACAGGCUUGGCUGUACAGCGGCAUGGCUUUUCGAAUGCUGGAAGAUUUAGGAAUAUCCAUCGACAGCCGCAAGUACUCGGACUCCGCCCACUUGAGCGACGAAGAUAUCGAGAUCCGGAACCGCCUCUUCUGGAGUUGUUACUUUUGGGAUAAAAUGGUUUCCCUAUACUUUGGCCGAUCGCCUACGAUGCAGCACUCGCGAGUUAGUCCGCCACGGACAGUAUUGGACGACACUUCGGAGAUCGAAAUCUGGACGCCGCAUGGCGUUGUCUUCCCGGACGGUGCUCAUUAUCCUCCGACUCAGGCUCACUCCACGUCCUGUUUCAUGAAAAUGUGCGGAUUGGCGGAGGUGCUCAAUCAAAUCUUGAUUCACAUCUAUGACCCUAUAAGGCAAGUGUCAGAGGCAGAGUUCUACAAUUGUGUGAUCGAGCAGGCUAGGAAUCUAGCUGAAUGGUGGGAUGAAUUGCCCGAUUAUUUGAAACUGGUGCCUACAAGCCUUCCUCCGUACUCUCCGCCGAGCCACAUAGUUAUCUUAAAGUACGCGACCCUCACCUUCUACUAUAUUGUUCACGCACUUACCAUGCCCUCACUCCAAGAAUCAUACGAUAAGAGCCAUCUUGUCCAGUGCAUGACAUCUGCAACAGCAAUCUUGUCUCUAUUUGAUCUAUAUCGUCGCACAUUUGGCGAUGCCCAUGUUGUGCUCUCACUUUCCUAUAGUCUCGAACCCUGGCUGCAACAACAACAACAGCAGCAUCAGCAAUUCCACACCCCUUCGACUUUCAGUGAUACCUCCCGUCAUGUCUCCCCGUCUCAUCAACCAUCCCCCGAUGCCUCAUCUAUAGCUGCCUCCGUCGCCCCAUCAGGCGUGAACACAUCGUUCCUUCCGGGAUAUUCCUUCCAACAGCCCGUCGCAGAUUUCGAGCUUUCACAAACAGGUGUUCCUCAAAUGGCCGGGGCCCAUCUUCUGGAUGGAAUGCCCAACGCAUUAAUGACGCUAGAUAAUCCCGGCUCGUAUGAGAUUACGCCGGAGGUCUUUGAAGCAUUUUCAUAUGCUGAGCCUAUUACGACUAAUAUGACUCCUGCAUUUGAGCCUCGAUUAGGGUAG